AUGAGCGAAAGUACGCGGUCUUCCCCCUUUAUACAGCGACCGGCCUCUCCAGAUGCGUCCAAGCGGCAAGCAUUGUCGUUACAGUACAAAGUAAAUACACUGCAAAAUGAGUUUGAAAUUGAAAAGUUAUCAUUUCAGCGCGAAUACGCACUUCUCGAUAAGAAAUACCGAUCGACAUUGGAUGGUCUAGAUAAAGCUCUUAACGAUACAAAAUACCUAUAUGAUACCAAUGAGGAAUUAGAAAAAGAGCUUGAAAAGGUAAAAGAGGAACUUUCUCAAAUCAAGCGCGAAUCUGAGACACGCAAUCUGGAAUUGAAACAGCAAAUAUUGUCGAAGGACAAAGAACUUGAUGAUUUGCAAGCUACUUCCCAGUCUAAGCUCUCACUCUACGAAAAUAGAUAUCACAACUCUCAGGUCGAAGUUGAGGGUAGCAAGACUCUCCUAAAACGAUAUGAGUCUGAAAUCGAAAAGCAAAAUUCAGAGAUCAAGAGGUUACAAAAAUCGGUUGCUCAGAAAGAUGACGAAGUUGCUAGUCUGAAAGCUUCACGUGUUGUGAUGGCUCAUCACAAUUACUCAACUGAGGAGUUGAAGGAACUUACGACGUUGAAUAAAUUACUACAGGAUCAAAUGUCUUUCUCGAAAGAUUUGGAAAGGACGAAUCUGGCCCAAGGAAAUGAACUAAAAAAGUUACGGGCAACUCAAGAAUCCCAGCAAUUUCUGAAGGCCGAAAAUGAUAAGUUACGGAGAAAACUUGAGCAAAUGGAGCCACUGCAGACCCAAAUACAAGAUAUACAAUUAGAAAACAUUAAUUUACAAUCAAACUUGGCAUCUUGGGGACUCUACACCAAUGAUCAGGAUGGGAAAACAAAACUUGGUCCUGAGGAAAUUGUGAGAGAAUGGAGAGUUCUCAAGCAAGAGAAUCUAAACCUGGUUAAUGAAAACUCAAAAUUGCAGUUGGAUCUGAGUAACCUAAAGAUUCUCAACGAUGAGCUUGCUCUUGAGCGCAAUCAGAUACUGGAUCUGAAUAAGAACUAUGAGUCGAGUAUACUUAAUCUUAAAAAAUUGAAUUACGAAAUUGAGCAGCAAAAGCUGCUUUCUUUUGAAGAAUGUAAAUUAUUGAGACAACAACUAGAGGAACUAAGUUCAAUAGAUGAGAAUCAUAAAACGGAGCCUGUCACGUCAUUCGAAGGUAUCAUAGAUGGCUAUAAAAAUAGAACGGAGGAUUUGACUAAUGAACUCAAAAAGUUAAACGAAGCAAUCCUGAGAGACUCAGACGCGGGUUACCCUUCUAAAAGGCGAAAGAAGAGUGAUGAUGUCGCGUUAAAUUACUCGCAACGGCUGAAUGAGUUACAGCUUCAAAAUCUUGAAUUGAACAGGAAAUAUCAGGCUGCGACAGAAACAAUAACACUGUUACAGAAGAAGAUUGAUAAAAUACAGGAAAUAGGUGAAAAAAGAAUUCGAAUUUUACAAUUACGGGAUAGUCCUUUCCUUAAAGACCAAUUUGUGAAGAAGAAGAGAUUGAUUUCAUUGCAAAGAGAGAAUGAAGAUCUUCUUGCACGUCUUAAUGACACCCACGUAGAAAUGAUACCCCGCUCAGUAUAUGAGCGAUUGAAACUAGAUUUAGCUGAACUAGAAGACGAAGUGUUCAACUCUAAUAAAAAGAAUGUCCGGCUAAGAGAGAUAUUCAACAAGAAAUCACUAGAAUUUAUUGAUGCCGUCAAUUCUCUUCUCGGCUUCAAACUUGAAUUCCAGACUGAUGGCCAAAUCAAAUUAAUCUCCUGUUUCAAACCUGAGAAGUAUUUACUGGCAGAUUUGGCACAUAAUAAACUAAAAUCUAAUUUGGACACCGAGAUUGAAGGAUGGAAUGAGAUACUUGGAGACCUUGUUGGGGAAAAGGGGCAAAUACCUUGUUUUCUUGCAACUAUUACGCUCAAACUCUGGGAGAAAUAUCAAAGACUACCUUGUUAA